CAUAGCAGCUAUUCGCCAUCGUCUGACUCCGUUUCCUCAGUUGCGAGAGAAAAUGCGUGAAUUGCGAGACGCCAAUGCACGUCACGGUCAAUAUGCGGCGGCUAUGGAGAACCUCAAACACAUUUUCAACAUCACGAAAACAAUCCAGGAUACUAAAGUGGCUCUAGAUCAAGGAAAAUUGCUAGUAGCCCACAAAAACAUAAUGGACCUGGAGCUAGCUAGAGACGAACUGCUAUUCGAGGUCCACAAAUCUGAUUCUCCAAACAAGGAUUAUGAGAAAAAUCUUCUCGUGACUUUCUUCAUAAAAGUGGAUGAAUUGGUAACUGAUCUGAGUAGCAAUAUGUGGUUUGUAAUUGGACGUGCACUGGAAAUGGUCAAGGGCAGCGAAAGCGGUAGCGGUCCUCAGGAACUGGUCUCAUGUAUCCGUAUCGUUGAACGCGAAGAACGAAUCGACAAUUACUACUUGGAUAAAAAGGCUCGCGGCAGUGCUUUUAUGCCGCCAGGACGGCCUCGUCAGUGGCGUAAAAAGGCCUUUGAAGUGCUCGAGAAAACUGUGUGGAGUCGUGUCGAAGGAAAUCAGUUGGAAGAUCGAAGUUUGAAUAAAGCUUGGUUAGCCAGAUACCUGGAAGUGUGUCGAAAAGUGAUUGUAGACGACCUACAACUGGCGCGUGCUGCUGUUCCGUGCUUUCCACCCGACUAUCAGAUCUACGAUAGAUUUGUCCACAUGUACCAUAACUGCGUGUGUAAAAGGCUACGUGAAAUAGCGGCAGAACAGAUGGAGAAAAGUGAGCUUGUCCAGUUACUGAGUUGGAUUCAAACUUAUGGUGGCGAAGAACUGCUUGGCAACCGCCGUCUCCAGAUCAACACUGCUGCCUUGUUAGAUGAUGUUCCUGUGCUGUCCAGAUCAACUCUUAACUCGCUCUAUGACAGUUUCGUAGAGAUGACGAGGCGUGAUAUGAAGAAUUGGCUCGAUAAAACUUUGAGUGCCGAGAAGGAUGAUUGGAACAAGCACGUACGACCUGACGAGGACAACUUUGGAUAUUUCUACACGAGUCUUCCAAAUAUCAUGUUCGGAAUGCUGAGGGAUACGGUGACGCUUGCGAAAGAAGUUAGUGUUGAAGUGAUUCCGAGCGUCAUCAACCUUACAAUUGAGGAAUUCUUCAUUUUCGCCAAUAAAUAUAAAGAUGCUUUCACUGCUUAUCGGAACAAGUAUUUUGAAAAUCGUAGCACUUUCCGAGAAUUCACAUCUACUAUGGUUGCGAUCGCCAACAAUUUACAGACGUGUAUCGAGUCCACUGAUAAGUACAUGCAACAGGUUCGUUUAUCGAUGGAGAGCGAUGAGCAGCAAGAUGGUGGAGUUGCUGGCCGCCGCGCAGUUAGUCGUCAGCAGAUCAUUGACAAUAUCGACCGAUUGAACGCUAGAUGGAGUAGUGCAGUAGGAGUAGCUGUGAACUACUUGCUAGAGGAGAUAUGUGAAGAUUUGAGUCCCCACCUUGCGGAGUUAUUCUCCAGGAAGUGGAUUGUUGGAUGUUCUGCACCUGAGACUAUAUGUAUGACCGUGCAAGACUACUAUGCUGACCAUCGCCAUCUGCGUCCUGCCACCCGCUGUGCAUUAUUAAUGGAUCUGCAGUUUCGAAUUGUUGGAGAGUAUCUGAAGGCAAUAGACUCUCGCCGUCUAACGUUCGCCACCUAUGAAGAAAGAGCUGCGGCGGGAUCGCGGAUGAAAGCGGAUGCACAACGGCUAGAAGCGUUGUUCAAGCAACUUAUUGACACUGAUGACAUCAAUGAGCCGUUUUCGCUUAUUUGUUCGUUAAUAUCGAGUUGCGGCGAAGUGAUCAGCCUACGUGACAAAUCUCUUCUAACAUUGGAAGUGACUACGUUCAGCAGG